UGUAUCCUUAGUCCUUACCGGUUUCUAGCAAUUUUGGUCUCUUACUGCAAGUUCAAUUGAAAUUUUGAAUCUGUCGUUUAGUGACAAAAGUUUAAAGUAAUAAAAGUGUAUAAUAAAAAUUUGAAUUAGUUGGUAAUCCGUAAUGGACAAAUUAACGUAAAUAAAUAGUAUUUGAUUACUCGUUGAUUUAUACUGUUUAUUGCAACUACACAUUUUGAACAGCCUAUGUAAUAAAAAAACAAAAGAAGAAAAGUAUUACUUGAAGUACAGUUGCAGUAGAAAGGUACUACAUUUCACCAUGGCUGUCAACGAGUCAUCGUCAUCAAUUAAAUUAUCAUCAAACAGUAUUGCGGACUUGGUCAGUACAAGUAAUCAAGACAUAGAGAUGAUUCAGAUAGUGAACAAAUGGGUUGAUGUAUUCCAGGAAAAUCCAAGGAUUGGAACAAUAAAACUAUUAGCUGUUCUUGUCGAUUGCCUAGACAUAGAAGUUUGCACUAGUGACAUUACAAAUUUCAACUCCGACGAGAUGUAUAUGAAAAUAACUAACUGUCUGAAUACAUUGAACACCAACGGCAGGUUGCACUCGGCCGAAACAAUAAAGAAAUUACCAAGUGUAAUUAAAACAUUACAAUUUCUGAAUUCUAUCUUUAGUCAGCACAGCAGUUUGUUUUUGUCUUCGACUGAAUGUAAAAACUACUUCAUUUUUUUGCGAGAUAUUUUUGUUAGAAUGUCGCAAUCAAUGUUUCCGGGACCGAGGCUCUUGGCCACGUAUUUCGGCUUAAAAAUAAUUACUGGUUUGAUGCAAUCCGAAUCAACAGUACUGAUAAAUGGACUGGUUAUAGAGCUUUUGGAAGAAUUCAUGUUUAAGAGAUGGAAAGAUUCUUCAUAUGUAAUAAGAGAAGCUGUACUAUCAGAACUUGAGAUAUGGUUGCAAAUAAAUCCCUCAUUUUUUAUUAAUCAAUUUUGGAAACAUAUUUAUUACGCAUUGUGUGAUAAAAGUUGUUGCGUGCAAAAUAUCGCUUUAAAGAUUUGCAAAUACCUUUUUACCUAUCAUUAUAACGAUUUAGAUGUGAAGCGUCUGAUCCAAAAACUUUUGUCAGUUUUAACAAAUUUGUUAUUAUCUAAAAAUGAAGACGUAGCCAUUUCCGCUUUAAAGGCUUACUCUAUAUUAGAUAGUGACGAUACCGAAGAAUAUUCAUCUACAAUCGAAUCGAUAGCUUUAGAGUUGAUUUUUUCUGAAAACUCGAACAUUGCUUGUUACGCUGGCCAACAUUUCUUCGAACAUUUCGUUAAUACAGAACCUAACCGUAAAGACCGUUUGAAAUUUUUGGUAACAUUUUUAAGUGGAGUUCCACAACAUUUGUCUGCGAUCGCCAAGAUUUUCUUCUCCGAUGCUAUUUAUGAAAUUUGUCCCGACCUCAAAGACUAUAAGCUCAUAGCCAAAGUGUUGAGUACAGAAAAUUUCUUAGAUCAAAAUGAAAAAUGCAUUUUAGCCACUCUGUUGAUGUACAUAGUAAAAAGAGAAAUUACUGGUGUCGGAUCUGAAUUGAAAACGGCCAACAUGGGAUUUGUUAUGGACAUAUCGGAGAACCACAUCAAUAAGGUGGAGAAAAGAGAAUUUACCGCUAGUAUGUUAUCAUGUCUGUUGAAUGAAAUGAAAAACUGUGAGUUGCACACUUAUGCGUUUUCACUAUUAGUUUUAAUGCAAUUUGUUGACUAUAAAUUAGACAAAACGGCGAUACCUAUUAUACUUGAGCAAUUGUCUAUAUUUUACAACACAUACGAUGUUCCGACUCUUUUAGAAAUGGUUUCGAGAAACAUUUAUUCAAUAUCAUUAUGUUUUAAGCCCUUGGAGUAUAACUUUUGUUUAGAACAUAUUAAAAAUACAGCUCGUGUCAAUGUCGAAGUAAUAAAAAGUGGAACUAUAAUGCAUCACCAAGAAAACUCGGCUUUACCGAGCUUGCUGUGCCAGAAAUUGGCUUUAAUCAGAAUUUGGUCACUCGCGAAAUACAAUCAAAUACCCGAAGAGCUGAAUACGUUAUUGUACUUGUCGUAUUACAUACCAAAUUUAAAGGAUUCUCAAAAUAAUUUGGUUGUUUCAAAGUUUGCGUUUUAUGCAUAUUUUGAAAUAUUGAAAAACAAAUUGAGAACUGAAUCUGAUAUUGAAGACGAUGCAGCCAAGUUUAUAGAAUGUAUGUUUGGUGUCAUGAAAACUUACGAUGCACAAGUGUUCGAACUUUGCGAAUCGUCGUUUAUAAUUGUUGAACAGUUUUUACGAAUCCAAAAUUCCAUUCAGAAGCCGUACGAACUUGACAGCAAUCAAAAUCAUAUACUAACAGCGUUUAUGUUCAACGUGUCCAAAAAUGAUGAAUCUGAUGAUGAUGUGAACACAAUAAAGUUACUCGAAAUAUAUGUUGGAUUGAUUCAAGACGAGUUGAUCGACAUAAGUCACUUAAUCACGUUACUGCAAUUUAUUCAAAUGGAUAUUUUCGAGCAAGCGUUGAGGCCCGUUUUCAAUAUGUUUUGUACUAGAGAAACGGGAAAUAAACUAUGCAACAUCAUCGACAUAUUUUUGGUGUACAUGUUUGAAAACAUCACUUCGGAGAGCGAAAAUUUUGAAGACAUCAAAUUCAAAGACGUGAUAGAAAUAGCUUCCAUAAUAGCUCGGCUAAUAAAUCAGUGCAAUGAUAAAAUCGGCAAGCGUUUAGUGUCGACUUACGUCCAUCGGCAUGGAAUACAAUACGCUAUGGACGAUACUUUGGAUUAUCCUUUCAAACAGUUCUUUUGGGUUCUAUGUUCAAUGUGUAAUUCACUAUCGCCUUACGACGCAGAACAAUUAGCUAAUUAUUUAAUCGAUGACCCCAAGAUAAAAGAGCUGAUCAACAUUGGAAAUGUUCACGCUCUAACUUAUUUGUAUAGAUUACAAGAAAGAUAUGACAAAAAUUUAAAUUCAAGCAGAACUGAAUGACGACGACCAUAUUUAAAACAACCUCUUACUUUUGUUCAUCUUUUGUAUCUAAUUGUAAAUGUGUUAAAUAAUUUUGUUAUUUGUUAAAACAAAUUUUUAUCGUAAUUUCUAAUAGAUUUUUUCUUAAUAAAUGUUAAUAUUAGGAAACUCGAAAAUACUGUUAAAUAAUAGGGCUAUAAUUUG